UCCAGCAUGAAUAAUUUGUUGCUGUAAAAUUGUGUUUUGCUGCUCUGAAAAUCAGUAGCAAAGGUCAUGCGUUCAUGUGAGUUUGAGUGUGCGCAAGUCUAGCGCUGUGUUAAGGGAAAGUGAAAGUGAAAGAAAACGCUCUAAGACCGCGAGAAGAAAUCUGAACGGUUGGCUGGGAAGUCAGUCAAAUCACAUCCACGAUACAGUCGCCAGAUUAACUGAUCUUCAAAAUACAGAGUGAGCUGCUAGUUUGAUGUGUGUAGUUCGAAUAUAUUCAGUGGACUGACAGACGAACGAAGUUCAGGAGGAGAACAAACAGCGGAAAGGAACGCUAAAGAGGCAAAACACGUCUCGUCUCCUGUAAACAGUCAGCCAUUUAUGGGGACCACCGGUCUCACCCCCAGAGAGCAGGAGACGUAGAUCCACCACUUUCCACCACAAUCAUCAGUUUGGUCGAGUUUGUCAUUAAACUGUCAGUGAAGGUCAGCAGCUCCCAACGUUGGUCGCAGUGGUGUUGAACACGCGCUCAUUCACAGCUGACCGAGAUGAAAGUCUCCAUCUUGUGCCGCUGGCAGCAGAGCGCGAGAACAUGUAUGCACGCACGUGUCCAGGGGCCGGAUUCACAAAGGGGUUCAGUUUCAACAAUAUGUCUGAAGAACAGCAGCCUGGCAAUCCAUUGCCCUCAAAUGAGGAAUCCAAAGAUUUCCCACUUAGUUUGAAAGAUAAUAUGCUAACAGAUGACCUCAGCUCACCAAAAAGGGGUGGUGCCAAUGUUAAGUCUAUGAAACAUGGCGACCUCAAGCAGUCAUCAGACGAUGCAUCCUUACAACACUUUCACGAUUUCUCUAACAGUGGAGCCUCCAUGGAAAAUCAGAGAACCAGCCAAAGGCACACACAAACACAACCAGGCAUCACAAAUGAGUAUCUACAGGAGAUCCAGCAGAAAGUCCGGGAGGAGGAGAAGAGGAAGACAGAAAGAGUUAUACGAGAGCUCAGACAAGAAGAGGAACAGAAGAGGAGAAAGAUGGAAGAAGAUAUGGACCAGCUGAAAGAAGAGAUUACCAGAUUGCGAGAGGAGGCAUAUCGUAAAAACAAAAAAAACUUCAAUAUUUUCCUUUGGAUGACCUCUUUGCUGGGUGUAUUUGCAGCGUUUAAUAUCUGGUAUUUCGCUUUGAAAGGAUCUGAGGUGAACCAUCCUAAGCUGAGACUGAUGCUGGUGGGUAAGACUGGAGCUGGGAAGAGUGCGUCAGGAAACACCAUCCUGGGUGAAGACACUUUCAGAGUUGAGGCGUCUCCAGCAUCUGUGACUGCACACUGUGAGAGAAGGAACAAAGUUGUGGGUGGAUGGAACAUCACCUUGAUUGACACCCCUGGGGUGAUGGACACAUGGCUAGCAUCAGACGAAACAGCCCACAAUGCACCUGAAUGUAUUUCCAUGAUCAAUCCUGGUCCUGAUGUGUUCCUGCUGGUGAUCAGACUGGGGAGAUUCACAGUAGAGGAGAUGAACGCCGUGAAGUGGAUUCAGGAUAGCUUCGGAGGAGCAGCUCUGAGGUUCACCAUGAUACUCUUCACCGGUGGAGAUCUGCUAGAGAGGAAACCAGUGGAGAAUUUUAUCAGUAACAGUGUUGAGCUUCAGAAACUUGUGGACACCUGCGGAGGGAGAUAUCAUGUCUUUAACAACUAUGACAAAAAUGACCAAACUCAAGUCACUGAGCUAUUUGAGAAAAUCCGUCAAAUACUGUUUGAGAAUCAGGGCUACAGUCACACAAAAGAGGUGCUCCAGACUGUCCAGCACAAAAAGAUGAAUGAGAUGGCUUCUAAGCUUAGAGAUGAGCAAUAUGAGAACAUAAGGCUUAAGAGAGACUUAGAGGAGUCAAACAGAUGGCAAACGGCUGGACUUUAUUUAAUAGUCCUUCUGUUAUUUAUUGUUUUGAUUUCUGGAAUAAAAAUGGCAAAGAGAUAAUUUAAGUAUUAAAAUGUAGAUUUAUUCAUUAUUGGAGCAUCUCAACAUAUUCUUUUUUGUUUUUUGACAACAAGGCCACUUGUAGAUACCUGCAAGUAACUGUUUCUCCAAACACUUUGAAUUAAACCAGCUAUUACUGCAAAUAAACUAAUGGAUGAAUAACCAGUGUGCUAUCCGCACUUGUUCUAAAACAAUGUUUUACAAAAGGAGUAGUCCAGCUCAGGAGUAGGAUUUCCAUUCUGGAGUAGAAGCCUGAAAACCUAUGCUUAGGAUUAAAUGAAUAUUUGGAAAUGGAAAGAAGCCUAUCCAAUUCCUGUCCAAUGGAAAGUAGCCCAUCCAAUCCAAAAAAAAAGCUAAAUCUUUUUCAAAAAGGAAAGUACUUAAUACUCAUUAUAAUAUAAUAUGAUAUAUUAAGUACUUAAAGUACCUCACUCAAUUGUUAGGGGCAGUGGGGGGGGG